CGUAUUUUUCCCGCCACUAAAGUCGUUAACGGUUGCACCAUUUUUUGUUAUUGUUUUGUGUGAUUUACCUGUAGUGAAGCAGACACCCAAUUGUUUUUUUUUGAGUUCUUAAGUGUACACAAGAUAACGUAGGAACAGAAAAAAAUGAAUGACACCUUGAAUAGUAGUAGCGAUCUGGAAGAUACGUUGGAAGUCCAUAGGAAAAGGAAAAUGCCAGUAUUUAGUGCGUCUGACUCUGAUGAAAUGGAAUUCAGUGGCCUCCACAGUAGUAGUAGUAGUUAUCACAGCAGUGACUCGGAAAUCGAAUUGGAGAAAGAAUUGUGGGAUAACAAAAUACCUAAAAAACUUCCUCAGAAGAGGCAAUACAAAAGGAAGGCCAUUCGGAAGGUGAUCGAUAAUGAUUCUCUUACAGAAUCGACAAAGAAAGCUGAAAAGGCUGAAAAAGAAAGGAAGGCUCGUAUUUUAGAACGAGAAAUAAAGUAUAAUGAAGUAUUUAGUCUGCCUUUAGAUGGAUGUCUGGAGAAGGUGGUAUUGGAUUUUGACGGGGAAAAGGAACUACUGUCGGUUAACGAAGUGAUUGCUAAAAAGCUUAAACCCCAUCAAGGGAAAGGUAUACAGUUCAUGUGGGACACCUGCUUUGAGACUGUGGAAAGGGCAACGUCUACUACAGGUUCCGGUUGCAUUUUAGCUCAUUGUAUGGGCCUUGGCAAGACUUUACAGGUCAUUGCAUUUACGCAUACACUUUUAACAAAUGAUGAAGUCACUAAUGUUAGGAAUGUUUUGGUUGUCUGUCCGUUAAACACAGUUUUGAAUUGGGAAUCUGAAUAUCAGAGAUGGCUAAGCGACGUGAAAGGACCACGGCUCAACAUUUACCAAUUAGUAUCCAGUAAAACCAAUCCUGCGCGAGAACGUGUCGUACAGGAUUGGAAUAAGAAAGGAGGAGUUCUGAUUAUUGGGUAUGAAAUGUUCAGAAACUUGUCAAAUCCAACAAACCAGCGUUUGAAAAAGAAAUCCAAGGAGUGUUUUCAAAAAUGUCUUGUUGAUCCAGGACCCGAUUUAGUUGUCUGUGAUGAAGGUCAUCUUUUGAAAAAUGAAAAAUCGAACUUGAGCAUUGCAAUGAAUAGAAUUCGUAGUCCAAGAAGAAUAGUACUUACUGGAACUCCUAUGCAAAAUAAUCUGAAGGAAUAUUUUUGUAUGGUUCAGUUUGUAAAACCGCAUCUAUUAGGAACUUACAAAGAGUACAGAAACAGAUUUGUCAACCCAAUCACUAACGGACAGUACACAGAUUCAACGCCACAAGAUAUAGAUCUUAUGAAAAAACGUUCUCAUGUACUUCAUACCAUGUUGGAUGGGAUAGUACAGAGAAGAGAUUAUUCCGUUUUAGCACCGUAUCUUCCACCUAAGUAUGAGUAUGUCUUAUUUUUAAGGCUUUCACCUAUACAAAUCAAGUUGUAUGGACACUACAGGAAUAAUUACUCACAAGUUACAUCCGAAAGUUCGCUAAGCUCAACAUAUUUAUUUAAAGAUUUUCAUGACUUCCAAAGAAUUUGUACCCAUCCUCAAGUAUUGUUGAUGAGAAGCAGAAAGGAACCGUAUGAGAUGGUAGGUGCAAAUGAAGAUUCUGAAAGUUCUUUGAUUGAUGACGAGCCUUCGCCUAGUACUAGUAGCAAUAACUCAGAAAAUGAUAGUAAGAAUAAACCCAAAAUUGUAAAGAAGCCAAAGAAACGCACAACUCGAAAUUCAGCAGCGUCUACUGGAAUUGGUGUUGAGUCAACUAAUCAGCCUCAGUGGUGGAAUAAGUACUGUAAGCCCGAUGAUUUCGAACAAAUUGAUCUGAGCGCCAAGCUGUAUUUAUUGUUUAAGAUUAUAGAAGAAUGCCAAGCCAUGGGUGAAAAAUUACUGGUAUUUUCCCAAUCUUUAUUAUCUUUAGACGUAAUCGAAUAUUUUUUGGCUAAAAUUAAUACAGCGACGAGAGAAGGUGAUAAUAGUAAAGUGUGCGAUUUUUCCGGAUCCUGGACUUUAGGCCACGAUUACUUUAGGUUAGAUGGACAGUCGUCAUGUGAUAAUAGAAUAAGGGAUUGUAAUAUAUUUAAUAACAAAGAUAAUGCGCGCGCUAGGUUAUUUUUGAUCUCUACUAGGGCUGGCGGUCUCGGCAUAAACUUAGUGGGGGCCAAUAGAGUAGUUAUCUUUGAUGUCAGUUGGAAUCCAGCACAUGAUGUUCAGAGCAUCUACAGGAUCUAUAGGUUUGGACAAACGAAACCGUGCUAUGUCUAUAGAUUCGUCAUGUAUGGCACGAUGGAAAUGAAGAUCUAUGAAAGGCAAGUGACAAAGCAGGCGAUUUCGAAACGAGUUAUCGAUGAGCAACAGAUUGAUAGACAUUAUAAUCAAGACGAACUAGCAGAAUUAUACAUGUUUGAUCCAGAACCGACUGAUACCGUAAUACCUCUGGUGCCAAAAGACAAACUGUUGGGUGAAUUAUUACAAAUGGAAAGCGAUCGAAUUUAUAAGUACCACGAACAUCAAUCUUUACUCGAAAAUAUUGAAGUGGAAGAAUUGAAUGAAGCAGAACGGAAAGCCGCUUGGGAAGAGUUUGAAAGGGAAAAAUUAGAUCUGCCUGCUAUUGACACUAGUAGCCUAGAAUGGAUAAAUACUGUUCCAGUUCCUCGUAUUAGGGUAGCUUUGAAGAACAUUAUUCAAAGGGAUAAUCCGUAUUGGACACAGGAAGAAGUUUUGAGUGCCAUUCCUCUGAUAGUGAAACAGCUGCAAACCCAAGCACAAAAAUUAUACGGCCAUUAGUCCUAAUUUAUGAAUUUAUUUUAUAUUUGUUUCUAAAUGCUCAAUAUACUAUUUUUGUAUUGUCUUAUUA